UGGUCUCCUCGCGAAGCCGUUUCCUUACCUCACUUCCUGAGCUCUAAACACAAGACACCAACGAUAUUUCCUGCUUGUUUCUGAAUGACACACGGACAUUCUUACCUACAUGUUGUUGCUCUAUUCUGAACUAGAAUUAUUUUGUAAUAAUUAGUAUCUGCUGCCAUUAAAUCCAAAGUGCGUUGAUCAAUAUUUCGCGUCCUUCAAUAGUUAAGGUGGAUUAAACAGUCUCGACCUGUGGACUGUUUGCAAAUCAUGUCCGCUCUGUUGAAAGAACUGCGAUUUUCAAUCCCUUGGGGUCACUUGGCUGCAAAAUCAUGGGGUCCUAGUGAAGGACAACGUGUACUUUGUCUGCAUGGAUGGCUGGACAAUGCCAACACCUUUGACAGACUCAUCCCUUUACUUCCAAAAGAUUAUCACUAUGUGGCACUGGAUUUCUCUGGACAUGGAAUGUCUUCCCAUAUUCCACAGGGAAUGCGAUACCAACAUCUAGACUACGUGACUGAUAUUCACAGGGUAGUGACAGCUCUAGGAUGGAAAACAUUCUCUAUUUUGGCCCACAGCAUGGGUGGAGUUGCUGGUGGACUGUUUGCUUCCACUUUUCCAGACUCGGUCAGACAGCUAAUACUGCUGGACUCAUAUGGAUUCUUCCCAAUUGACUCGGACUCAAUUCUAAACCAUCUAAAAAAGGCUAUUACUCAUUACUCUCGACUAGAGGGUGCAACAACAACAAAGGUCUAUACUCAAGAGGGAGCUCUGCAGAGGUUGCUGGAGGCAAAUCAGUCGUUGACACCUGAUACAGCCAAAAUUCUCUUGCAGCGUGGAACAAAGUCUGUUCCAGGAGGUGUGACCUUCACCAGAGACAUCAGAGUUACUGUGAACAAUGCUGCCCCUCUCUCAAUAGCACACUGCUUGGAGAUCAUGAAGAACAUCAAGGCUGAUGUUCAUAUUAUAAUGGCUAAUAGUGGACUAGCAGAUCAAAUGCAGGUAUUGUACCCCGAUAUGGCACAGGCCUUACUGCAAGGAUACAAAGAAAGGCUUAAUGAGCGCUGUAGGUUAUCUGUUGUGGAUGGAAACCAUUUUGUUCAUUUGAAUGAGCCAGAGAAAGUGUCUGGGAUAAUCACAGAUAUAUUACUGGAAAGAACGCAUAUCCACUCACAGCUUUAACUUUCAAGCAGGGAAUGAGAUCAGUUCACUAAUUAUUUUCAUCACUUGUCAGC